GCCACUAGGUCGCAUUAACAUCGGUGCCAUUGAGUUCACACAAUAUGAGGGAGCACAGCGGCAGACAAACCCCAACUCCAGAUUUUUCAAAUUGGUUUGUUUGACUGUUUUGCACCCGCAUAAUGUAACAGCAAACGAUAUAUUACAACCUGCGAGAAUGGAAGUCAGAAGCUGGCUUUUAUUUUGACUGCCAGAAUGUGGUGCGGGGAGCCUUGACAAUACGCCGUUCAGCUUUCAAAUGGAAGAUUGGCUUCUCCGACUCAUUUCGGUGGAUAUGUUGUCGUUGUUUUUUUACAUUGACCCUUUUUAAUCGCCAUGGAUCUCUAGAUUUGGAUUCUUGUACCUCUUUCGUCUCUUGAACUGUGAAAAGAAGACAGGCUACGCCGAUCGACCGGGACGCAAGAUUCUCUGCCUACCUCGACAUUUUGCUACCAGGGAUUUAAAUAAUCACGUGCUACAACAACGAAAAGAUUUUUUUUAAAUAAUCAGAAUUGAUGUGGCCAUCUGACCUUUAAUGAAUUUAACCUGGAGGGCAAAAUGAAUAGGGAAAGGCCGAAGAGAAAUAUCAUUCAAAAGAAAUUUGAUGAUAACGAUGGGAUCCCAUGGUCGGAAGAGAGAGUGGUCCGCCGGGUGCUCUACCUCUCCCUCAAAGAGUUUAAGACGGCUCAGAAGAGCAAAGUGGAGAAUGGCACUGGGAUAGUUAAUGGCUCCUUUGCAAAUGGUCAUUUGAAUGGUUUGGGAACUAAAGCUGGGCUGUUUGCUGGAAGCUGUAAGUCAGACAGGACACAACAUGCAGUUCAAAGCAAAGACCACAGCCAUGAAUACUCAAUCGAUGAGCCUGUCAGGAAAAAGCCAAGACUGCGGGCUCAGAGGAAGUUUGCUCAGUCUCAUCCCUGUUCUCCCAAUGCCACCCCGCUGAAAGCGCUGGAGGCCAUGCCCCCAAGCCCAGCCGCCCCGCACAACCAUCUCACAAGACGCAAACCCAAAACUGAAGACUUCCUCACCUUCCUCUGUCUACGAGGCUCUGCUGCAUUGCCCAGCAACAUGGCAUACUUUGGUAGUGCUAAGGAUGAUGAAGAUGUAGACGAGGAAGAGGAUGAGGAAGAAGACAGUGCUAGCAAUGCCCCUGCUUCCUGCCAGUCCACUCCUCGCAAGAGCAAAGGACAUAACAAAUGCAUCGCCAACGGUCAUGUAUUUAACGGGCAGGCGCGAGCUGCAGAGGAACACAGAGGCAGUUUGAGAGCCAGAGGGAGAGACCGGGUCCAUGGCAAGGAGAAGAACUCUGUAGCAUCAGUAAGGACGUCCACUACACACAAUCUACGACCCAACAGGGCUGUACAAGAACAAAAACAACAGCCCUCCAAAAUGAACGGAACAUCGGGAGCCUCCGCUAUCAGUACUAGGAAGACAAGAGAACUCCGUACUCCCCCGACCAAAGCUGUGAAAUACCCCAAGGGUCACGUGACUUACACCAAAGCCAGACUGCUCAAAGAGGCCAAGCUCAGCCCGAGCGCGCACACACACACACAGACACACACACGCCACACCCACAUGCACUCCAACUCAGGAAAAGCCCAAACCAGCCACGCCAAGAUGCAAAAACCGGUGCUAUCCCCAGCAAUCGCUGGGAGGCUGUGUGGGACGGACACUUUCCCACCCAGACGAAACGGACUGAGACAGUCAAAGAGGCAGUUGGAGCAGGCCGGGGUUAGUCUGAGUGGACCAGAGGUCGAGGUUAAGAGGCUCAAACUGCAAGUGGUUCCCUUGGAGACACGGAGUAGGAAAGCAGCUCAGGAGACGCCGGGAUCAGGAUCGCAGCGGCCCAAACGGGCCACGGCGGGGAAGCUCAUGUUCACCAAACAAAUGCACUGUAAAGCCACCGUUCUGGCCAAGAACAGCCCCACUACCUCAACACGAGACAUUUCGAAACCAGCCAACUCCCCCAAACUAUCAGAGACCCCCAAAACAAGCAAUGCUCUAAAACAAGGCAAUCCUUCUAAUACGACUGAGUCCCUCAACUCAGCUGAGCCUAAAGAGAGAGGCCGGCGCAGUGCGGAGGUCACGGAGGUUCCCGUUUUCUAUCCCGGCACACGCGAGUUCCACGACCCGCUAGCUUACAUGGAGUGUGUGCGGGGGCAAGCGGAGGCGAUCGGGGUGUACCGGGUUGUUCCACCAGCGGACUGGCAUCCCGAGUGUAAGCUUAAAGAGGAGAUGCGCUUCGUCUCGUAUGUGCAGCAUGUGCACAAGCUGGGCAGACGCUGGGGCCCGAAUGUACAGCGGUUGGCCUGCAUCAGGAGACACCUGCGGACACAAGGCAUUAACAUGGAAGAGCCUCCACUUAUAGGCGGCUGCGAGCUGGACCUGGCCAGAUUCUUCCAGAUCCUAAAUGAGAUGGGGGGCAUGCAGCAGGUGACAGACCUGAAGACGUGGGGCCGGCUCGCCGAUCUGCUGGGCAUCCCGCGCUCGGCUCAAGACCGGCUGGCCAAACUUCAGGAGGCGUACUGCCAGUACCUGCUCUCCUACGACUCCCUGUCACCAGCCCAGAGGGCCCAGUUGGAGAAGGAAGUGAUGGCAGAGAAGGAGACCCUGGAGAGGAGAAGUGGGCCCCUAGAGGGCCAGGGAGACACAUCCCAGCAUGCCGCUCUUCUGCUUCCACGCUGCGAGCCCAAAAACGGUCUGGUGAACGGAGCGUUGCACCGGAGCGGAGCGCGCGAGCACCUCAGAGAGCUGGACCCCACGGCGAAAACCACCCGGAAGAGAAGACUAGAGAAGAGAGGGGAGGAAGAAGGGAUGAUAAGUGAACAACACAAGUGCAUAUACAGGGGGAAAUCGUUCUCUUUGACUACAUUCUACAGGGCAGCCAGGAACACUAUGAACAUGUGCUUCAGCAAAGAGCCAGACACUGCUGAGGUUGAGAAGGAGUACUGGAGAUUGGUUGAUGAAAAGGAAUGCCAUGUUGCUGUGCACUGUGGGAGAGUUGACACUAAGACUCAUGGGAGUGGAUUUCCUGUGGGGAAGUCUGAGCCAUUUUCAAAGCAUGGAUGGAAUCUUACUGUCCUUUCCAAUAACUCAGGAUCCAUCUUACGUCAUCUUGGUGCUGUGCCAGGAGUGACCAUCCCCUGGCUGAACAUAGGCAUGGUCUUUUCUACCUCGUGCUGGUGUCAGGACCAGAACAGCCUUCCGUAUAUCGAUUACCUACACACUGGUGCUGACUGCAUUUGGUACUGUAUUCCAGCUGAAGAGAAAUCAAAACUUGAUAAAGUAGUACACACACUGCUACAAGCUAACGGCACUCCAGGGCUGGAGAUGCUAGAGAGGAACAUUAUGAUUUCUCCAGAGGUGCUCCGUCGAAAGGGGGUGAAAGUGUACCGGACAGUGCAACAGAGUGGUCAGUUCAUGGUAUGUUUCCCAGGGACCUUUGUGUCUAAGGUGUGUUGUGGCUACAGUGUCUCAGAGACUGUGCACUUCGCCAACCCCCAGUGGAUGAAACUGGGCUACGAGGCAGCUAAGGACCUUAAACGGCGUCGUAUAGAGGAGCCUUUCUCCACAGAGAAACUGCUCUACCAGAUCACUACAUCCGAGCAGGACAACAAGCUGCUCAUGAAUGCAGUCUCCAGUCUCAUCAAAGAUCUCAGGGAUGCAGAGAUUAGCCAGCGCGGGGAUCUGUUCGAGGCCGGGCUCCGUUUGUCUGCGCGCUACGGCUCUCACUGCGAGCCUCAUGCAGACAAGAAGCAGCAGCAACGCUUGAGAUUUACAGAAGACACGUCUGACAGGCGCUGCCAAGUGUGCCAGCAUCUGUGUUACCUCUCUAUGGUUGUUCACGAGAGUGAUAAUGUGGUUUUCUGUCUGGAAUGCGCUCUUCGAUACAUCCAGAAGCGCAGGUCCCCCCGUGGCCUCAAGAUGAUGUUUCGUUACACUGAGGAGCAGAUCAACAGUCUGGUAAAUCGAGUGUGUGGCAGAGCAUUGGAGAAGGGUGGAGUGAAGCAGAAAGCCGUCGGUCCCAGCAAGACACCAGCAAAACGAAGCCCCAGGAACAAGAGCUCGGCGCUGGUCCCCCUCUCCAGCUCCUCCUUAAAGAGCAGCGGCCGCUCCUAACCAGAACAGACCGUCAGCGACAUUCCUGCGGGUCUCCUUUUAUAUCAGGUGUUCCUAAUACUUGUGUACAAACUCUCUUCAAUACUCUUUGUACCUAGUGUAUAAUAUCAAUACAACAAGCUGUUAUAUUGCACUUUUGUAUUACAGAUACAUGUAGUUACUGGCUGGUUAGUCCAAUAUAUUGAAUGUACGGAGGUUAAAUGUUCCAUCGUGUUUUGCGGCAAAUACAAGGGGGCGAAUACACAACUGUUUAGGGCACCUGACAUAAACUAUUGGGUCUCAUUCAACAAGCACGAAACCUUUUGCACUAGUAUUGAGAUUGGUUUUUAGAUGAGUAUUUUCGGGUUGUUUUAGCAUUAAAUCGAGUAUAGAUAUGCGUAUACAUAGAUAUAAAUAUAUCCUAUACUAUUCCUAUCAUUUGUGUUUAACUGGUGCUGUAGUGACACUUUUCUCCAUCACCCUUACCGCCUGUUUGUCUCUUGGGCUCAUGUUUAUUACGUCUUAAUGCUGUCAGGAACAAGAGCGAACAUGUAAGAUUGCAGCCGACACGUCAGAUGGUACAUGUAUCGUAGUUACUGGCAUUUCGGUUCUACAGCUAAAAAAAAAAAAAAAAAAAAAACUGUACAGGCUUGACACUUUGACAUAGAUCUGACAUGUGAAGGAGCCCGUGAUCGUUUCUGACAGUACCGAUCAGAGAUUUCCUUCGCGAAUUCCCACCUGGAGACUCCCCACUUUUAAAAGCACAUUUUGAGGCCUUUUACUAAAUUCUUUGGAGUACAAAUAACACGUUUAAUGCAGAAGGCAGUUUGUACUAUUUGAAUUGUAAAUGCACUUUCCCUUUUAUCCCACUAACUUUUGUCCCGCUGACUUUAUAUUUGUAAUUGGUUCUCCACCUGUUCUGCCAUUAAGAAUCAAAUCUUAAAAUAUUCUUUUGUUUUAAUAGAAUAUUAUUGCGAAAUACUAAUAUCCAACAACAACGAAAAGCCCCAAAUAUGUUUAUAUGCUAGUAAAUUGAGCCUUUGAGUUCGGGUCUCUAGGGGUUUGGAUGAGAGAGUCUCGAGAUGAAGAAAAAGCCUUACUUCUACAUUGGUUUCUUCAUCGAUAUAAAUUAGAUG